UCCGACCCCCAAUAGGGGCAAACUAGAGGCUCAAACCGAACACAAUCAUCGCCGUGUUGGUAACAGCAACCGCCUCUAAGUCCAUCCUGGCGAAGCAAUCGUCAGGUUGAUUAAAGUCCUACGCCAUGACGACUGGUAACGCGCGCUACGUGCGCUACAUUCUCGUCGCUUUCUUUAUGCUAGCUGUUUUCUACUUCGUGUCUAACUCAGAUGUCGCCACGCUAAGAACCGAGAUUCCUGGUGGUGGCACGAAGGGCGGAGACGCAGCCCACGCCAAUCAACCAGCCAAGGGCGGGGAGACUGAUGGCAGCAGUCCGGAGGAAAUGAAGGACUCGCCGAACAAAGAUAAAAUCAAGAACAACUACGACGCCUCGGAGUUCCCCAUGGCCAUGACCCCUAACGACCCCGGUUGGAACGACCUCACGGGGGUCAAGGGUGGCCCGAGGAUAAACGCCACAUUUGUGACGUUGGCACGGAACUCGGACGUGUGGGAGAUCGCUAAGUCCAUCCGGCAGGUUGAGGACCGCUUCAACCGGCGAUACAACUACGACUGGGUGUUCUUGAAUGACAAAGAGUUUGAUGACACCUUCAAAAAGGUCACAACAUCCCUCGUCUCUGGCAAGACCCAUUACGGCUUGAUUCCCGAAGAGCACUGGUCCUUCCCGGAAUGGAUCGACAAGGACAAGGCAGAGAAGGUGCGGCAGGACAUGAAGGAGAAAAAGAUCAUCUACGGCGAUAGCGUUAGCUACCGACACAUGUGCCGCUUCGAGUCGGGCUUCUUCUUCCGCCAACCGCUCAUGAUGAACUACGAAUACUACUGGCGCGUUGAGCCCAGCAUCGAGCUCUUCUGCGACAUUCACUACGACCCGUUCCGCUACAUGCACGAGAACAACAAGAAGUACAGCUUCGUGCUUAGUCUCUACGAGUACUACGAGACCAUUCCGACGCUGUGGGAUAGCGUGAAGAAGUUCAUGAAGAACCAUCCCGAGCACAUUGCCGCAGGAAACUCGAUGGCCUUCCUGAGCGAUGACGGCGGCGAAACCUAUAACAAAUGCCACUUCUGGUCCAACUUCGAGAUUGGCAGUCUCUCCUGGCUCCGUUCCAAGGCUUACAUUGACUACUUUGAAAGCCUCGACCAAGACGGCGGCUUCUUCUACGAACGCUGGGGUGAUGCACCGGUGCACUCCAUCGCCGCAGGCAUCAUGUUGCCGAAAGAGCAGAUCCACUUCUUCAACGACAUCGCCUAUUACCACGUUCCCUUCACCCACUGCCCAACAGGCGAAAAGCUGCGGGCAACCCUCAAGUGCCACUGCAAUCCUGACGACAACUUUGACUGGAAGAGCUAUUCAUGCACCUCGAGAUACUUUGACAUUAACAACAUAGAGAAGCCCGAGGGGUGGGAGGAGCAGAAGAACUGAAGGGUGUAAGCCAGGUUGGCUAACAAAAAUAAUGAGUUAUCAUACUUUGAUGGCAUUCCUCUUUGUCUGGAGCACCCUUCAGAGUGAUCCUCCGAUCGGGUUGGGUGGCAACGCUAAAAAGUCGGAGAAUUUCAGAGAUUGGAACUCGCUUGAAUCUAGAGCGUGAGCUAUGCCUUGCAAGU